AUAUUCGCACGAAUUAUCCAAAUCGAGAUAUUUACAUAGAUAAGUGUUCGUACGGAUUAUCUUUCGAUCCUUUCCAUUUAGUACUUGAACGGGACUCCUGAAUGGUUACAGCUGAGAGCAACGUGUGCUUAAAAUGGCGGUUGAUCUACUUGCCGACGAAUGGAAAAUGAAAUAUAAAAAUGUGUUGGGACCGCGGACGAUCCUGUUGUUCAGCGGUAAAAGAAAAUGCGGUAAAGACUAUGUCACGAACGCUUUACAAGAAAGACUUGGCCAGGACAAUUGCGUCACUAUAAAAUUAUCUGGACCAAUUAAAUCUCACUGGUCCAACGCCUUUGAUUUGGACAUGAAUCAGCUUGUAGGAGACGGGAAAUACAAAGAAACGUAUCGACAUCGAAUGGCCAAGUGGGGAGAAGACAUAAGAAGGAAGGAUUACGGCUACUUCUGUCGCGCAGCCAUAGACAUGUACAAUGCGUAUGGCAAACCAACAUGGAUAGUGAGCGACGCUAGGCGAAAGACCGACAUAAAAUGGUUCGCGGAAAACUUCGGGAGCGCGUGCAAAACCGUUCGCGUUGUAUCCGACGAUUCAGUAAGAAUGAAGCGCGGUUGGGAAUUCGUUCCAGGUAUCGAUGAUGCGGAAACCGAAUGCGAUUUAGACGAUGUAGCUACGUGGGAUUUGAUAGCUGAAAACAACCACGAGGACAUCGAAUUCAUAUUACAGAAGAUACUAGAACUGAUCAAUGAAAACUGACGGCAGAUCACAAUCCGAUCCCGAGUUAAAUAUCUAAAUGCGUGCGGCGUAAUUAUAAUUCAUCUUUUUUUGUAUACGAAUUAUUUGUAGAGAUAAAAGAAAAAUGUGGUCAAUA